CAAGCUAGCAGCAACACAUGGAAUUACAAACUGUCCUGGUAGAGAUCAGAAAGAAUCCCUACACACACGUUUGAGAGCAGUUAGACUUGGAAAUUGCAGUGGAGACAUGAAGCUGACGCGCAUAGCAUUUUUGAGCGUGGCUGCCCUGCUACUGAUCCAGAUCCUUUUGGUGGAAGGAAACAAGGAAAGAGAUGGAAAAAAAGAAAGAGAUGGAGGGAAAAAACAAAGAGGUGGCAAACCAGAUGGAACAGGCGCCGAAAAGAAGGGCAGCAAGUCUCAAGGGGGGAAAGCUUCUCUCCAAGGCAAAUUUGUGAGCAAAGAAAAGGCAGAUUGCGUUUGGUCAGUCACUGGUACAGAGGUGGUGCUCUUAAAUGUGCAAUGUACUAAAGAAGAUAGACUUUUAUCAUGCGCAUUUGGCGGAAAUCCCUUAUCCUGUCCUAAAUAUAGAGAAAACCAAAAGAAUUAUUGGAAGCAAAUCACUAGAGCGCUUAGGAAGCAGAAGAACAUCUGCGAGGACCCCAAAGCUGUCUUGAAGUCCAAGGAAUGUAAGAAAGGACCACCAGAGGCACAUUUGAGCUACAUCAUCUCUACCCUGCAGGCUGCAGAGGAAAAAGGAAAUACACGUGAAGACCCUAACCCAGCAGGUCAUUCCAACGGAACCGAAGCCACCAAGGAAUGUGCUGAUGAUGUGGAUUUAGCGGAGAAAAGACGAGUAGCGGAGGAGUAUUGCGGGUCGUCCUGGAGCUCUCUCUGCAAUUUCUUCAUAUCUAUGCUACAAAGCAAAAGCUGCUAAAAGCCUGACUUUCCUUUAUUCUACUGAUGUACAGUGCAAAUGCUAAACUUAUGUAACGUAUGUUUCAAGAUGC